AUGCGAUUGCUCCAACUCAGUAGCUUUGCUAUCCUGGUAUCCCAGGUGGCAGGAAGCAAAUGGCUUGAUGGCGAACAGUACACCAACAAGUGUGGCGGAACUACAUGGGAUGUCCAAGUCAGUGACGGGUCGCCAUCGGCUGCCGACUGCAGUGCUAUCGUCAAGUACAUGCGUCAGCGGACAGGUGGAUACUUCCUGAACGGCCUGAAGGACGACAUCUGGAACACUUUAAAGUCCGAAGGCGGCUGCGGGUUCGGACUAAAGCCCAAAAGCAGGGGGAGUUUCUACAUGGGAGGUGACGACGUCGCCGACCUGAUCCAAGAUAGCAUCGCCCAGUUUGAAAAGGAUGGCAAAGUUGGAGUUACUGGUGUCACUCAAUGUGGAGAUGAGACUGUCCAGUGGGCCAUCUAUGGUGUUCCCCCUAGUCCCAUCAGCGAUGUCGACGUAUAG